AUGGCGGCACACGUCAAGGUGUGCGAGAUGGGCGCGAGCUACGGCGUGGGGACAUUCGCUACGCGGCCCCUCCGCGCGGGGGAUGUCCUGCUGGAGGAACUGCCCGUUGCCUUUACACUGUCCCUGUCCUCGCGGCUCGAUUCGCGCUUCUGCAUGGGCUGCGGAACGAGGCUUGCAACUCUGCAGGAGGAGUGCGAACGGCUCGCGCGUCUCGCUCAGGGUGUGGUGCAACAGCAGCAACAGCAACCGUCGGACGGUGAUAAUAAUAAUAAUGAUGAUAAUCUGGAGGCUGUGAAGAAUGGCGGUGGUGUGCAGUACGCGGAGACUCUUCGCUCUCCUCGGGCGUUGUAUGAAUCAUUAAAGGAGUUCGGUGCAUCUAGCUUCUUCUCUCGUGGUGUUGCGAUGGAUGAUGAUGAUGACGGCGAUGACGAAGUACAACCACUAGGAGCCGAAUCGGAGGCAAGAGUGCGGUUCUGCUGUGCGAAGUGCAGGGCGCAUUGCCUGCACGAGCGAGGAGGGAAGUUCUUGCUGUCAAUGCCACCUAUUGCCAGAAAGACAGUCGCCGCACAGACGGUCCACAGCCUGCGUGAGCCGUCAGCCGAGACCAUCAUGCGGUGCGCCGUCGCCUUGGAUACGAAGGCGAUGGAGGAAGCGUGGCCUAGUAAAGCCCACACCCUGGCGACACUUGAGUACCUGGCAAAUAUCUACAAUGAGCGGUUGCGUCUCAUUCUCGCACUCCUCUCCCGUUGCCUCAGUGAAACUACUUCAGGAGCUGAUCUGCUUCCUCUAAAGGACCUCCAAGAUCGCUUCAGAGAGACGGUGCAGGCCAUGGUGGUGCGGUACGCUGAAGGGGCCCCGCGCACGUUGACGGAGCAGCAGCGUGCAUUCCUUCGUUUCUCGUGGAAGUGCGUGUGUCGCUGGCUGGGCCUCUGCUGUGCGGGGGCGAACAGUGAGACAACCGCAACGGAUCCCUUUGCGUGGCUCUCGCUGCAGUUGUACCUUCGCUGCUACUGGCUUGCAGACGCCAACGUGCACAUGUUCGUGGUAGUCUCGCCGCUCUACAGCCUGCUGUGUCAGAAGCUGCCGGUGCUGUGCGCAAUAUGCCGGCGCAGUGAGGGCGAAGGUGAGGGUGCGCAGUCGGCCCUGCGGCUGCGUCGACAGAUGUGUGUUCUGCGGGAGCUGUUCCGCCUCGUUGACCCCUGUGCCGCACACGCCACGGGUGUCGCGCUAUACGACGCCGCGACGAAAAUCAACCACAGUUGUGUGCCGUGUGCACGGUUUGUUCCCACGCACGGCCGCGUCCGCGCUGUAGUAGUGGCGCUGCGCGACAUUGCGAGCGGCGAAGAGAUACGCUCCUCGUACGUUGACCUCAGUGCCUAUGCUUCAAAGGUGGAGCGGCAGGACUAUCUACUGACGCACUACGGCUUUAGCUGUGACUGCCCGUUGUGCUGCGUCGACGAGUGA